AUUUCGAGCCAUAGCCAAAUAAUUUGGACACGCGGAUGGCUAAUUUCACAUUCGGAUCGUUCCCAUUUUCAACAGGACGCUCGAGAAAGAGGUUAACAUAAAUGACAUAACCCAAAAUGGCCGCAUUGCGAUAUCUUGGAGGCCGACUGGCGUCUGCUUACUGCAGAUUACCGCUGACAAAGCGGGCAGAGACAGGUCUAGUUCCUGUCAUUUCCAAGCGUGCACGAUGUAUGUCAGGUCUGGCUGAACUGCCAGAAACCCAUGCUAUGCUAAGACAAACCUGUCGAGAUUUUGCCGACAAAGAGCUAGUGAACAUUGCUGGGGAGUUGGAUAAGGAACACAGAUAUCCAAGAGAACAGGUCAAAAAGCUUGGUGAGUUGGGUCUGUUGGCGGUUGCUGUCCCCGAGAUGUAUGGCGGUGCUGGGCUGGACUACCUGGCUUAUGCCAUUGCCAUGGAAGAGAUUAGCAGGGGGUGUGCCUCAGUGGGCGUAGUCAUGACUGUCAAUAAUACGUUAUACCUGGGACCCCUCAUGGCAUUUGGGACAGAGGAGCAGAUAGAGAAGUAUGCCAAGCCAUUCCUGGAUGGGGACAGAGUCGGUUGCUUUGGACUCAGUGAGCCAGGAAAUGGCAGUGAUGCUGGCGCAGCCUCUACCGUGGCCAGACUAGCUGGGGACCAGUGGGUGCUGAAUGGCAGGAAAGCCUGGAUCACCAACGGCUAUGAAUCAGAGGCCGCCGUCGUCUUUGCCACAACGGACAAAUCACUCAAACAUAAAGGCAUCAGCGCAUUCAUCGUUCCCAAGCCCACCGAGGGUCUCUCCCUGGGCAAGAAGGAAGACAAGCUGGGCAUCCGGGCAUCCUCCACCACCGAGCUCAUCUUUGAGGACUGCGCCAUCCCCAGGGAGAACCUGCUGGGCCAGGAAGGCAUGGGAUUCAAGAUCGCCAUGGUAACCGUCGCCUUUCCUUGUUGCCUCUGAGGGCUCUGUGCAGCCUUAUUCUUAGGGGUCAUGCAGGGGCACUUUGUUGACUUUUUUUGUUCUUCAGGGUUUGCUGAAACUGUUAGAUUUGGUUGUUUUCUGAUAGAUUCUGUGGGAUUUUUUCAAAAGCUUGCCGAUCUUGCUAAGAUGUUAGACAGUAGCAGUUUCCAAUUUAUCUCCGACGUUUGCGUUCCACUUUCACAGGAAGCCGCAAUGGCCAAGUUGGCAGCCUCAGAGGCAGCAACCUUUGCAGCUCAUCAGGCCAUCCAGAUCUUGGGAGGCAUGGGCUACGUGACGGACAUGCCGGCUGAGAGGCACUACCGAGACGCUCGCAUCACCGAGAUCUAUGAAGGUACCAGUGAGAUCCAGCGAUUGGUCAUCGCAGGACGGCUGCUGAAGGAACAUGCUGAGAGAGCUUAGCAUAAGGGUCAUUUAUUUCGGAAAUCUCCUUUAAACGUUUGUACGGGAGUGGCUACUUCUGAGCAUACUCAAAGCUGAUGUCCAUGCCACUGCAAAAUUAAAUAAUUUCCAAAACCUAUUGGAUAUUUACCAAAAAUUUUGAAAUGAAAAGACACAUUGAAUAUGUUGGCAAUAAGCAAUGCAAGUUUUCUCAUCGUUCGCUUGUAACAUUUUAAAUGCAUCAUUUCUAAUGAUACGUGGUGAUUCUUCAGUUCAGCUUUCCACAAAUGUCAAACUUCCUGUUUUGGUAAACAAACUGACAUGCAUGAAUUGGCUUAACAUACUGAUAAGGUGUUUAGAAUCAUGCAUCCCAGUCAUGCCUCUUCUUAAAUUUGGGUUCAGUUUGGUUUCACUUUGAUGGAUUUCUUCCGUCAAGGGUCUGUUAUUCACUUUAAAGCAUUCUGUUCACUUGACACAACAGUUGUAUUUUCUUUUUAAAGAUUAUAAAUUUAUGAAAAUUUUCAAGAAUGGAUUUAGGCGUCUCAUAGCAGAUUGUAAAAAGGCCAUUGACUGUCUAACUGACCUUCAAGUGGAUGUAUGAUAGUGUAAGAUAAAGCAGUGUGCAUUGAAAAUUUCUCUGGACAUUUUUCACACGGAUGUGAAAUCUAUAAAAUAGAGCAUAAUGCUUGUCUGGUAUGAGCAUUUCAGACCUCAGUUUAUAAAAGCUUCCGAAAGGUUGUAAAUACAUAUCAUUAAAAAAUUA